CAUGUCUUCUCCCGCCUCUGCGCGCGCUGUUCGCCCAGUAGCAGCAGUAGGAAAGGAGAGGAGAUGAAGCGGCCGCCAUCUUCCGCGCGCUUCUACCUCUAAACGAUGGUCCGGAACACAGGGCGGACACCGCGAUCCACGGCGAACCAGGGCCGUUCGAUCUAAAACCGGGGAAGUAAACAAAAAUAAAAACCAUCUGGUGCACGGAAGAACAGCGCGGAUUCUCUCUUUCUCUCGUUUUCUUUUUCUUCUCUCGCCGUUUACCGUCAGCGCGCGGCUGCGGAGCUUCGCCCAUUUCGUGAUCACGGAAACCCGGAGCGAUAGGGGCGCGUGAACGAGAGCGGGUUCCUCCGGGGAACACGGGACUGAUUCGGACACCGGGGAAUGCACCGGAAGCCGUCCCGCUAUUGUAUGUCGGGGUUUUUAUUUUUUUUUUAUUUUAUCUGCACGCUUUUUCCCCUCUUCAUAAACCGGACCGAGUGCGGAGUCGCAGCUGAAAUUCCCUCGCGCGCGUCACGUGGUGCUGUAGGUGGGCUGGCGUUGACGAGUCCAGAAGCAGGCUGCUGUGCCCUCACUGCGGCCCUGCAUGGCUGCGAUGGCGCCCGCUCUAACCGACGCCCCGGCCGAAGCCCGCCAUAUCCGCCUCAAACUGGCUGCAGAGAGCACCGGCAACUCCACCAACCUUCUUCUGUCUGCACCCAUCUCCUCGUCUGACACAGCGGUCUCUAACGGCAAACGGCACCACGAGGAAAACUGUCGGCGCUGCUGCAACGGCAAGGACUCUCUGCCCGAACCUCUGAACCUGGGCAAGUUGCAGCCACUGGUGGCCUCCUACUUGUGUUCGCAUGUUGGGCCUGUCGCCGACGAGGGCGUCAGGAUCAAGCCGUCGGUCCUGAAGAGCCGAGGGAUGCUAAACGCGGAUCUCCUCUUGCGUACCACGCUGAGUGGCGGGCAGCCGAAGAGCCUGGUGAACGGAGGAGCAGGAACUGGAGCAGGAGGCGGGAACGCAAUGGUCCCGGUCAACGGACUGUCCAAGAAAGCGGCCGUGCCCAGCACUGCGCUGCCCGAGAAAGGCAGCAUUGCCCCGUUAAACGGAGACAAUGCUAAACCUCCCACCGGUGCUGGAGCUUUGAUACCUCUCUCGUCCAAGUCUGGAGACGUCACACUGACUGUUUUCCGCCCAGAUCCCAAGCACUCCCGAGAGCUUGGAGACUUCCAUAGUCGAGUCCUGGAGGAUACAGGUGUCAAUAGCUCGCCAGAGUUUAAAGCGCCCCAUAGUGACCAGUCACUUGCCGGCAAACCCGGAGCACUUCCUGUGACUAAAAGUAACCCUGGUGUCCCGCUCAAUGCCCCCCAGAGCUCAACUUUGAACCAGUGUAGAUCUUCUCCAUCCUCCCCCCCACCCGGCGUAGAGGCGUUAAUCCUUUGCGAGCGAGCGCAGCAGAGCCAGCGCCGGCAGGCCGACAUCUCGGCUCGGCUGCAGCGCCUGUGCAAGAGGCUCCAGGUAGUUCAGGCCAAGCAGGUCGAGCGGCACGUCAAACAGCAGCUCACAGGCUUUUUGCACCACACCACGUCCCAAUUCUCUACGUCCAGAGGGGACGAGCUCCUGAAGAACGGCACUUUUUCCACAGAACUGGAGAAACUGCAUCUAAGCGGCACCACCGGUUUAAGGGUGGCCGAGGCGCAGUUUGACUCAGAUGCCACCGAGAGCAGCUCAGGCGGUGAAAGCGAUGUCGAGGAAGAGGAAAUUUCCAAGGUGGAUCUUGAACAGCGACAUGUCAAACUGUGGAGAAGAGCGGAAGGCCGCUUCGCACUGGAAAGAGCCUCCAUCAUAAGCCGCUGGACGUGGCUGCAGGCGCACAUCUCGGACCUGGAGUACCGCAUCCGCCAGCACACAGAUAUCUACCGCCAGAUCCGCGCCAGCAAGGGCUUAGUGGAGCUGGGAGACGACUCCUUAUCGGCCCAAAUCAAGACAGAAAAGCCCCAGAAUGCCACAGGGGACCUCGGCCAUAGCAGCAGAUAUCAGAGUGACCGGUCCAACUUUUUCCACUGCACGACUGUAGUGUCAGAUGUUAAGCUUUCUACGGAAAACAGCUGUUCCUCUGCACGUGUUCGACCCGUGAUCAGCUGUAAGAAACGACGCCUUAUCCAAGCCAGCGCGCUUCAGAACCAUAGCAUCAAGGUGCAGAGAGUGUGUUUGCCGACAAGACCAUGUGACGUGAACCCCGCUUGCGUGAUGUGCGGUGAAAAUCAGCCUAAAGCCGAGCUCCAGUUUGAGCGCCCUCUGGUGGACAACAUGGCCGUGCAGGACCCCAGCAUCCAUCCAACACUGUCCCUGCAGUCAGACAUGCCUCUUGCGAUACAGCUCCUGCGAGUGCUGAAGUCGCACUGGCAGACGCGGCACAUGGAGAAAGUCAAACCUCAGAAGAAGCCGCCGCUCAAACACAAGCUCUCGCACUACUCCUCGUCAUCGGCACUAUCCAAGCACAAGUUCAUGCUUUCCAGCUCACCCAUGGCUGCCAUCAGGUUUGCCAGCCAUAAGAGUCGAUCAGAAAGGGCACGGAAACAGGCCGAGGCCAGCAUCCGCCUGACUAAUGCUGACCCGCACACCCCGUGCAGGACCAGCCGACUUCUGGACAGGAGCACCAGCCGGAAGAGGGCCAGGGAGAACUCACUGGACCGAAUUGAGUCCCCAAAGCUGCAGUUUGAUGCAGGAAGCCCUUAUCCUGCGUCUCAGCCAAGCGUCCAGCCGUCCACCCCGAGCAUCAUAGGACGACAGAUGUGUCUGGCCAGUGACAGCUCCACCCCUCUGGGCCCCAGCAGUCAGGCUGGCUCCUGUUCAAUGCCAAUGAGAAAGCGGAGAAGCGAAAACUCAUUCGACAUCAACAACAUCGUCAUCCCCAUGUCUGUCGCCGCCACGACCAGAGUAGAGAAACUCCAGUACAAGGAGAUCAUCACACCAAGCUGGAGAGAGGUGGACGUUGUACCCCUGCCUCUAGCUGACGAAGAGGAGAACGUAGAGGUGGAAGACUUGUCCGACACUGCAUUUAUGCAGCUCCAUCAGAAGUGUGAAGACCAGGAGCGCAAUCGCUGGAGAUGGACCGCCCUUACUCCUGCCAAGCGCAGAGGCAGCAGGUCCUACAAGUCUGUGGACGGCAGGACAACGCCGUCUCUAAGCGGAACGACCCCGUCCACUCCUCAGCCAUCGUCUCCGGACACGGGACACUUUCACCUGCUGCAGGAUUACGGGCCUGUGCCGUCCCCCCUCAGCCCUCCCAGUCCCGAUACCCCAUGCUCUCGUGAUGCCCACACACCCUCAUCGAGGGACUCGUACAUGCCUCUUGCAAGAGACACGCACCGGCCGGUGUACAGCGAGGACACGCGUUGUUCAACACCAGACUGCACCUACGAGGAGAGAACGGUGUUGCCAUGGGAACGCAGGAGCUUCCCCCUCCCCGAGGACCCAGUGCUGGAGCCCAAAGCGGAGCCGCAACCCAGUCAGAGAUUCAGCUGUGGUGGCGAAUGGGAGAACGAGACAUCUUCGGCCUAACUGCCGUCUCCAGCGCGAAGCCCCGCCCUCUCCCGUAAAAAAACAAACAAAAAAACACGCUUCUUCCAGCAUUAACCCACAAACGAAUAAAGAACUCGUAUUAAAAGCAAACCAAUAAAUAUAUGAAAGAACUUCUGUUGUUUGAUAUUCAAACAUCAGCCAAAUAUUUUCACGGUUUUUAGUGAACAUUAUGGAACGUAGAAAUCGCAACCUGUCUCAUGAAGCUCUUUUCUCACAAAAAAAAAAAACAAAAAAAAAAAUCCGAUAGUCAGUUUUCGGUGUGGUAUUUGAACCUGUCAGGUGAACACUUUGUAGCGCACUAUGUAGCAGACUUCAUGGAAGGGGGGGGCUCGACCAAAGGGGUGUUUCCCUGCUAGUUUGUGUGUAUGCUUGUAACUGUGGAGUGACGACCAAAAACCGCUUCAUUAAUCUCGACUAAUAGACACAUCAAAUGUAUCUUCCUUACUAGAGAACACACCUUCAACUAGAAGCACUUCCUAGGAUGUCCUUAUGUAUCUCUCUCCCUCACACACCUACGAUUUUCAUCCCCCAGUCUGAUUCACGUCUGGCGCUUUGCCAAAUCUGUAUGUUUGAACCGUACACACUUCCUCUAUAAAUGGAAGUCUUUGAUACAUCAUGUAGAAUAUUUCCAGCUGGGUUUUUAGUUUUUUUCUUUAGUCCCAGGAUGUGAUGAGAUUCUUUAAUUUCAAUAUCAAUUUCACAAAAUCCUCAAUCACUUUGUACAGAACAUUUCAUUUCCGCUCUCCGUUCUCUCUCAGGUUUUCCAGUCGGUGACAUGGUUUCUCUUCGAAACUGUCCUUUUGUUGCUUCACUGUUCCUCUCUACGACAAAUUUGGCCUCAAUUCACCAUCACCUUUCCCCCCCUGGAGUGUAACUACUGGCUAUGCAAAAAAUCGACAUGAUGGUUGUCUCAUUUCGUGUCAUCUGUGUGUUUUUACUCGCUUUGUUAAUGCUUUUUUUUUCUUUCUUCUUCCUUCUCCCCCGUCUCGUUUCUGUAUUUACAUAAGACAGGUUCCAUUUGAAGUUGAAAUGUUAAUUUGCAAAAGAAACAACCUUGUAAAUAGAAACAUUAAAAAAAAUCAAACCCCUCCAA